UAAUGAGCUCUAAAUUACAAAUUCGUAUCUAGUCGGGUCAGAAUUGAUCUCUGAGAUAUUAUCAUCCCUCUGGUGAGAUUUGUAAGGUGUAAAGCUUUUCCUCAGAUUCAUCCAUCCAUGGUCGAUUGGGCAACACUCCCGAAGGAUCUCCUAAACCUAAUCUCCAAAUCCCUCGAUUCCUCCUUCGACCUCCUCCAAUUCCGCUCCGUAUGCUCCUCAUGGCGCUCCUCCGCCGAGGCGAAGCCUCCUCUCCCGACUCACCACCUCCCGAUCCUCCCCGAUAACGGCACAAGCCUCUUCCCGGACUCCGCCGUGGGGUUCCGCCUCUCGCAGCGUAGCAUCCUCCUCGUCAAACCUCACAAACCGCCAAUCAACGGAUCCGAUCUGUUCGGAUGGCUCGUCAAGGUCGAGGAAGACCUCAACGCUCCUCGCGGCAAGGUGACGCUUCUCGAUCCGAUGAGCGAGACGAUACACUCUCUCCCUGAGCAUUUCCCUCGAUCUCUCGAUAUGUCAGAGUUCAAGAUUCGAGAGCUAGGUCGCGAGUUCAAGCUUCAUUACUUCAAUACAGUCGGUGAUAUCAUCAACAGUUUGUACUUGGAGAAGGCCGUUGUUAGGUACUUAGAUAGUUGCAGCAAGUUCGUGUUGCUUACGAUUCAUGUUUCCGGGAAGUUAGCUGUGUUCACCUCGUGGGAUCGAGCUUGGACUGUGAUCAACGACAUGCCUUCUCCUUACGAUGAUGUGAUUGUGUUUGACGGGCGUUUCUUCGGUGUUGACAACAAUGGGAGGACUGUGGUUGUGGAUUUUGCCGAUUUGAAGCUUGAGUUGGUUGCGACUCCUGUGUAUGGCGGUGACAAGAAGUUCUUGAUUGAGUCUUGUGGCGAGAUGUUGAUGGUUGAUAUGUAUUUGAGCAUGGAGGAGGUGGAUGGGGAUCCUGGGUUCGGAGAGGAGGUUUUUGAGCAUCAUGCGGUUUUUAUGAAUGAGAGGACGGUGAAGUUUAAGGUUUUUAAGUUUGUUGAAGGGGAGAAGAGUUGGGUUGAGGUUAAGGAUCUUGGGGGUAAGAUGUUGUUCCUUGGGGAUGACUGUAACUUCACUGCGUCGGCUUCUGAUUUGUUACCUUCAUGUGGUGGGAGUUGUGUGUUCUUUAACGGUAAUGUCUUCAACGAGGAUAACGUGGAUGCAAUGCAAGAUCGAGAUUUGGGAGUGUUUGAUUUCAGGAGUGGGAAGAUAGAGCUGGUGCAUAAACUCCCUGAGUAUGCUAAGCUGUUCUGGCCUCCACCCCCAUGGAUUACUUCUCGUGAGCGCGCUGAAGAUCAUCCGGGAGAAACAUCAUCCCAAUCAUGAAAAAUGUUAUUUGUGUAAUUUGGAGUUUACGGCCUUGGAGAUUCAACAGAUACGGAGGUUAAUUAUCUCUCUCUGAUAUUUGCGAGAUUAAGAACCCAGAGAGGCGGGCUCUUACUUAUAUCACAUGUUUGUGUCUGUUCUUUUACGUUUACCCUUUCCAUGUUUUCAGUAACUUUGCAUUUGUACAUAGAUAAACUCUCUUUGUUUUUUUUCUUCUCAAAGAUGAUGGAUGAUAUUCGUUGGAGAACCAAACCCAUGUUUUUCUUCCAAAAUAUUUUGUUACACCCUGCAAGAGCCAA